AUGUUGGAUUUACCACGAAUAUCUAAUUUAAAUCUUCCAUCAAAAACUCAAUUAUCAUUUAAUCAUCUUCAAAAUUUAAUUAAUGCUGAAAAAAGUUCUUAUCAAGUUGAUGAAGAUAGACUUGAAGACCUUAGAAAACAACGAGAUAAAAUUGCAAAACAACAUGUUAUUAAUAUGAUCAAUUCAAACAUUUCAAGAAAUGCUGGUCAAUUUGAUGCAAUUCGACAAAGAAGUCGUGGUGUAUUUGAACAAUAUUAUGGAUUUGAAAUUAAAACAUUAAAUUCACCUAUUCCAAAUGAAAAAAAUAUUGAUGGUGAUUAUCAAUUUUUUAUUCAAGAAGGAAAUAUAUAUGCAUUACAACUUUCAAGAAAUUCAACAAUAUGUUUAACUGAAGGAAUAUUUUCAUUUAUCAAAAAAUUAUUUGUAAAGAGAACAUAUAAUAAAAUUUAUGUUGAUAAAAUUCGACAUAUUUUAUAUGGAUUAUCUGAUAUUGAUAUUACUAUUUAUUCAACAAUUACUUUAGAAUAUUUUGAUACAAUUACAUCAAU